AUGGCGGCAGUACUUCUUUCUAUUAAAAUUCUGGGAAUGACUCUUUGCGAAGCACUACCGACGGUAUAUAGCAAUUUCGUUCCCAUUGUUGGCGCUGAUAGCGAACCACUAUUUCGCGUUGACAAAGCAAGCACCCACGAAAGACUCCUUAACAAGGUAGAGUUCUCAAGCUCCUAUGAUAGCGACCCGAUUAUCUCCCAACUCCUGGAGAGGGCCGGCUACUGCCCAUAUCAAGUGGAAACCUGUGAUAGGGAAUACCUAUCACAGGGUAACUUGGGUCUUCGUUGGUACCUCACCUUUCUCGAUCGUCGAGGUAUUCCCGGAGACCACUCACAGUGUACUACGGAGAAGUGUGUCGGGUAUCAGGUGGACGAGUCAACGUACGAGACGAGGCACCUUUUUGACCGGGAUUGCGACAGCGAACUGAUCUCGCUAAGCCACGGUUUCGCAGUUAACCUGGUUCUCUCCUGUGUCCGGCGAGGCGGUACUCCCUUGAUCCGGAUCGACUGGCCUUUUUUUCGUAUCUUCCAGACGGGCGUGGAUGAAGGUCCCACGCCCCCAUAUGUCGCUAUAUCCCACGUUUGGUCUGAGGGGAUGGGGAAUCCAAGGGAGAAUGCACUCCCCAGAUGCCAGCUGAGUUACUUGCAGCUUUCGGCAAGCAAGUCGUGCCCCGACAUUGACAACGUUCACUUUUGGAUCGACACACUCUGCAUACCAGUUGGCCACGAGCAGGAACGGAAGCAGGAAAUCAAGAAAAUGGCUAGCAUCUACUCGGGCGCCGAGAAGGUCGUGGUUCUCGACAAGUCGCUUAUGAACACGAUGAGCAAUACUCAACGCGAGGAGGUCCUGAUACGAAUUUGGAGGUCACCUUGGGCGUCUAGACUAUGGACUCUACAGGAGGUCGCCUCUCAAAGUCUCUCUGCUUCUGCUUUGCCGACGAAUUCUACGAACAUCCCUACGUGGAUGGACAGGUAUGAGAAGUUGCGAGAUCCAGCGUGCUAUAGAAUGAUAGAGCUUGGCGCCAAACUCGAAGAUGCUGAGAGUAUAGAGACUUGGGAGAAGAUUCGAAAAUUACCGUCUCUUCCGCUCGCGGGUGACCGUAGUCCAAAUAAGUAUCUGCGAGCUCUACACGGUUUAUGGCAGACGUUGACCCUAGGACGGAGCCUUGACAAUCCAGUGAGUGCGUCGGAGACGCCCAUCGCUCAUGCGGGCGAGGCUCCGCCAAGUUCGUUCGUCUCGAGAGUCGACCAAUACAACAAAUCUCGCUUCUUCCGAAUGACUGCGAAUGCUUCACUGAAUUCAUUUGGAAGUCUGCCUCCUUCCCAUCGCUGCAGCAACAAUUUUACUCCAGCUGAAUUAUUUCGGAUAAUGUUUACCAGCCUUACAACGCGAAACCUUACACGGUUGGAGGACGAGGCUGUCUGUCUGGCAACCACUCUUGGCACGGAUAUCGACGCCAUUUUAAGAGAGAGCUCUCCCGAAGAGCGGAUACGCAUACUCCUCACCUCCAUCGGCACUCUGCCCUUGAGCAUCCUGUUUAUCCAGAGCGAAAGACUGCGCCGCGACAAUUGCAGAUGGAUUCCCCGAACACUGCUUCGCAGAGGCGCCAAAGUUGCUGAAGGUUCCUGCCAUUGUCAGCCGGAUGGCCGACUGAUGUAUCAGGGCCGAGCACUCAUCAGCACGCGGCCAUUCGCCAUAAAUAAGACCGGAAGCUAUUUCACCAUUGCAGUUGCAAAUGGCAAACAGUACUUUAUCGGUAUCCAACCCCAGCCUGGGCCUGACAUCGAAGACGGAGAGAAGACUUAUCUCAUCAUUCCUAGCAGGCCAGCGCUAGCUAGGGAUCAUAUACCUCAAGAAGUAGCUAUCCUCAGUCUGUCGUCAGAUCAAGGGGUACCAAGUUCUCAUUCAGAAUUGUCAGAGAUCGAAACGAUAUAUGAGUUCACAGCAUGGUUGUUUGACUUAGCCCUGCCAGGCGCUAAAGUUCUGGUUGCUGGUGGGCAAGCUGGCCAAUAUCAAAUCUGGCUACCUCCCAAGGAGCACCGAUGGCAGCUAGAUGCAGAAGCAGUUGAUAUCAUCCCGUGCAAUCUACUUACUGAUGAGAGUAAGAUACUUAUAGGGUAA